AUGGAGCAUCAUAAAAAUGUGUGCGUGGUAAAUGUAGCAGGAAGCUCUGUCUCAAUUGCUGGGUUUGCUGCUGUGGCAACUGGCUUUGCUCUUUCCUUUGUGACGUUUGGAGCUUCCGUAGUACUGUCUGGAGCUGGCGCUGUAUUUGGGGCCGCAGGUGGACUGGUAAAUUUGGGAUCUUCGGUGACAGAAGUGUACCUUCAGAAAACGACUCUCCACACUGUUCAGAAAAUCAUCGAAGAAGACCGAGAAGCCGCAAAAGCCUUUAAGAAGCUCUUGGAGGAAGCAAAACAGCAAAACAAGCCAAUAUUGGACGGAAUACGGAUGGGAUAUAAAGGUACAAGAAUUUUAAAAACCUGCUUACAAACAGGAUGUAAAAUCGGAGUCAGAGUUGGCGCCCAAGCAGUCGGCGAAGGUGGCGAAGCUCUGUUCCGAAGUCUCAAGAUGGCGGGCAGAGUCGCUCAUGUUGGUGGCUUCGUUAUCAAUGCUGCUCUCCUGCCACUCGACAUCUACACUCUGGUGAAAAAUGCGAUGGCAAUUGAUGCAAUUAAGAAAGGCAAGAAAGAUGAAGAACCUGAAGUGGUGAAGAAGCUGAGAGAGAUUGCUGACGAAUUGGAGAGGGAAUUGCCUUCUAACGAGGACAGUUUUGCUUGA